CCUGCAUGGCUCCCCUUUUCUCGCCGUCAUGCCCCAUGUCGCCGCAGCGGAGCAUCCACUGAUUUAAAAAAGCACACGACAGGCCCUGCCUGGCGCUCCAAACCCACCCCGACCCCCUGUCGCAACAGGUGGUAGCUUUCCCGCAUUUCGCGUCAAAGUCAAAGAACCUCCGUCCCUGGCUAGACAUCUUCUUCGUCGCCGUCGUCGUCUGCCGUCUUAACUCGAACACCUCAACGCGGCGUCUUGCUUAUCCUGCCCCCGGAUCUGCCCUCUCCCUCAUCGCCAUCUUCGGGGCUCCCUUCCCCUUCCCCCUUCUCCUUCUCCUCGUCCCCGUCCUCGUCGCUCGUCACGCACGGGCUCCUCGUUCGGCCAUGGCAGGUGUUAUUAAUAAGAGGCAGCAGGUGCGCAACGAGCGCGCGCUGCAGGAACUGAUCAAAACCGUUCCCGGCAACGACAAGUGUGCCGAGUGCGGCGCCAAGAACCCAGGAUGGGCGAGCUGGAGCUUGGGCAUCUUUCUCUGCAUACGAUGCGCCGCCUUGCACCGCAAGCUCGGCACGCACAUUUCCAAGGUCAAGUCGUUGAGCAUGGACAGUUGGUCAAACGAACAAGUCGAGAACAUGAAGCGAGUGGGCAAUGUGGCGAGUAACAAGCUGUACAACCCGAAAAAUGUGCGGCCGGCGAUCCCAAUUGACGCAGACGAGGUGGAUGGCGCCAUGGAGCGCUUCAUCCGGCAGAAGUAUGAGCACAGAAUCUUCCAAGCUGGCUCGACGGGUUCCAACACGACCUCGCCCGGCUCUCGACACAACACAGGAAGCACGAGUUCGGAUGACCGACCUCCAGCGCUCCCUCCCAAGCCGAGUAAGCGUUUUUUCUUCUCCGGCCUAAGGUCUACUUCGUCCACCGUUCCACGCCAAGGCGCGAUGAGUCCGCCCACAUCGCCCGGCUACGAUCAGUACGGCAACGGUGAAUCGUCGCCUUCAGCAAAGGAAAACAGAAAACACUCGAAAUUCCUCGGAGCAUCGGUGGCCAGUUCGAGGGAUGACGGUCUGGAGCGCAAGAUUCAAUACCUAAAGGACAUGGGCUUUCCUGACGAGAAGCGGAAUGCGCAAGUGCUCAAAGGACUGAACGGCAAUGUAGACAAGGCAGUCGAGACUCUGAUCCGACUCGGCGAGGGUGGCGGAAUUGAUACUAUGCGCAACCAGCUCCCCACUCCGCGAGGAACGCCUGUUAACGGUAUCACGAUCGAAAAGACUCGUCAAAAUUCAAUUCCAGCCCAGAACAACAACCCGUUCGACCGACCAGAUACGAACAAGUCGCUCCCGCCGCCUCCAACGGCAUCGACAGAUCGAAGCAUGUCCCCGCCACAGGCGUACAACCCAUUCGCGCAGCCAGCGCAGCAACAGGUUUCGCAGCCCCAACAGCAGCCCUCGAUAGAUCAAGCUUUCAGCAACAUGUCCCUAGGUCAGCAGCCUUCACAGCAACAGGCUGCUCCUGCCGCACCGCUCUUUCCGAAUGCUACUGGUGGCUACGGAAGCCCACAACAGGCCGCCUACAAUCCGUUCAUGCAAUCCCCACACGCACCUCCCGUGCCACAGGUACCACAGCAGUACAGCCAGUUCACUCCUCCAACCUCCACGCACGUUCCCCAGCAAGGCUUCCCUCAACAGCAACCUCAAACGACACAACAUGCUGAUCCUACGCCGAACCCUUUCCUUCGCACCUCGCGGUCGCAAAACUUCAAUCCGAGCAAUCCGUUCGACACCCAAGGCCCUUUCAAUGCGUACAGUACGACCGCGACGUACCCCCAGCCCCAGCAACCCCCUGUGGCACAGAUCUUCCCCCAGCGUACAGGCACGAACAGCUUCAAUCCGUUCCAGGCCUCGAAUCCUCCAGGGCAAUCUGUAUUUGGAGGACCAGUUACGUCUUCACCCGCCGGUACCCCCUUUGGUCAGCCUGGUGGUCAGAUGACCGGAAAUUCCUAUCCCUUUGGACAGCCCGCAUCUACAUCGUCACCUUUGGCGCAGUCUACAAGCAGUAACUUUCCGUUCCCACAGCAAACCGGCAGCUCUUCUCCAUUCGGUCCGUCCACGAGCAGCAGCGCGCCCACACCCUUCGGCCAGCAAGCAGCUACCAGCUCGUCACCGUUUAGUCAGGUCAACACGAAUGCGUCUCCCUUCGCAUCUGCUGGGCCUGUGCAGAUGCAGCAGGGCUACCCUCAUUCGCCUCCAGAUACGCAGUAUCAGACACCCCAGUCCCCAUUCGGCCAGCCACCAUUCCAAACCCCAGCUUCCGCGCCACCACAGCAACAAAGCAUGUUUCCAGCACCCGCGCAGCAGACUCAGCAAGGGACCUCGCCGUCUACGCAUUUACCGCCGCGCCAUGACAAGAACUCGAUUCUUGCGCUGUAUAACAUACCCCAAGCAACACCACAGCAGCCACAGCAAGAGCCGCCUCAGCAGGCGCAGCAGAACGGUUUAGGGGGUGGAACGGCCGUUCAAGAUUUCGGGAGCCAGCAGAACCAGGCACGGCCGGUCAUGAACACGCCUCAGCGAUCGGUCACGAUGCCGGUGACCAACACAGCGACGGGGGCGCCAAAUCCGUUCGCUUCGCUCGCGUCGAUGACGAAGCCCACGGCGGUGCAGAACAGCAGUGCCUUCGGCUUGACGGGCCCGUCGCGCGAGAGCGUGGACUUCGCUGGUUUGGCCAUGAUGAGCGGGCGGCACAGCCCGGACGCUUUCUCGGGCCUAAGCGCUCGGCUACGAUGAUUGAACCAACCUUCCAUGCUUCCGCCUCCAUUGCUGUUUCUUUGUGUAUGCCACCAUCUCUGUACGAACAAGAGAAUGUACAUAAUACUACCAUCAUGACGCUUCACUUGUCUAUGUAGCCACCUUCCAAGCUGUUGAACUGGACAUGGGCUUGGAUUUUUCUUUUCUUCCAUUUUUUUCACUCCUGUGAACUUGCGCAUAACGAGCGCAAGUCUUCCAUGUUGUGUGCGAAAGCUUCGGUCAAAAAGGCUCCCUCACUACCAUUUCUCCCGCUGUUUUUCGACAUCUAUGGUGGCAUACGAAUAUGGGUUCCUUAUCUCAUCCGUCUUCCCUUCUGGCUGUUCUACCAAUCCCUCCCUGCACAGACACUUCCAUACUUCCAUCUUUUACAUCCUUUUUAUUUGGUCAUGGCGCCUUGUCUUUGUGCGGCGGUUUGUACGAACAGCUAGCUCUGGAAAUUUGUAAUCUGAAUCGCAUCCCCUUUUUUCAUUGUAACUGCUUUCUCUUCUUCCUUUUGCGUCGCCCCAGAACCAGCUUCCCUUCUUUCCUUUUCAUUUAACUCAUAUGCAUUAUCUAUUUGUAUGUAGACAGCGCGUGGACACAUUCCGUUUUGGAGACUUAAGACACGAGCUUGAUGUGAGCUUCUGGGCGGAUGAUGAGCUAUAUAGAGCGUUGAAAGACGUUGAGGAUGCAUGGGGGGAAUUUUCUGUUGGUCUUUAUGAUGUGUGCGAGUGUGCGUGUGUGCGUGCGCGUGUACGGUGUGUAGGUGAUAGCGUUGAGGCGUGGAGAAUGUACAAC